CCGCCGCUGCCUCCCUCUCCAUCCUCGUCCUCGCCCUCCUCCAUCCUCGGGAGCCGCGAGCGGGCCGUGGCGGAGCGAGCGAGCGGGGCGCGCCUCCUCCUGCUCCCGGUCCCCUCCGCCCGGAUAUGUGGCUGCCGCUGCUCCCGCCGCCGCCAAGAUGGAUUUAGCCUACGGGGCCGUGUGGCUGCUCGCCGUGCUGCUGGAGGGCAUCUCCGGGCAAGGCGUCUACGCCCCACCCACAGUGAGAAUCAUCCACUCGGGCCUGGCCUGCAACAUUGAGGAGGAGCGGUACUCGGAGAGAGUGUACACGAUCCGGGAAGGGGAGACGCUGGAGCUGACCUGCUUGGUCACCGGGCACCCUCGGCCGCAGAUCAGGUGGACCAAAACAGCAGGAAGUGCCUCUGACCGGUUUCAAGACUCCAGCGUCUUCAACGAGACGUUGAGGAUCGCCAACAUCCAGCGACAUCAAGGGGGGCGCUACUAUUGCAAGGCGGAGAAUGGCUUGGGCUCGCCAGCGAUCAAAUCGAUCAGGGUCGACGUGUACUAUCUGGACGACCCAAUUGUGACCGUCCACCAGAGCAUAGGGGAAGCCAAGGAACAGUUUUACUAUGAGCGGACGGUGUUCCUCAGGUGCGUGGCCAAUUCCAACCCACCUGUCCGGUACAGCUGGCGGCGAGGGCAGGAGGUGCUGCUCCAAGGAUCCGACAAGGGGGUUGAAAUUUACGAGCCCUUCUUUACCCAGGUAGGAAUCAAGGGUGAAACCAAGAUCCUGAAGCUCAAGAACCUCCGGCCGCAGGAUUAUGCCAACUACAGCUGCAUCGCUUCGGUCAGGAACGUCUGCAACAUCUCCGACAAAAUGGUGUCCUUCCGGCUUUCCAACAAAACAGCAUCUCCCUCGAUCAAGCUCUUGGUGGACGACCCCAUCGUGGUGAAUCCUGGGGAGGCCAUCACCUUGGUGUGCGUCACAACAGGCGGGGAGCCCCUCCCCACCCUCACCUGGGUCCGGUCGGUGGGGGCCCUGCCUGAGAAGACGGUCCUGAAGGGAGGGACGCUGACCAUCCCGGCCAUCACCUCCGAUGACGACGGCACCUACAGCUGCAUCGCCAACAACAAUGUGGGGAACCCAGCAAAGAAGUCCACCAACAUCAUCGUCCGAGCCUUGAAGAAAGGGCGGUUCUGGAUCACACCUGACCCGUAUCACAAAGACGACAACAUCCAGAUCGGCCGGGAGGUCAAGAUCUCCUGCCAGGUGGAGGCAGUCCCUUCCGAGGAGCUCACCUUCAGCUGGUUCAAAAACGGCCGGCCACUGCGCAGCUCAGAGAGGAUGGUCAUCACGCAGACGGACCCCGACGUCUCCCCGGGCACCACCAACUUGGAUAUCAUUGACCUGAAGUUCACGGACUUUGGGACAUACACCUGUGUUGCAUCCCUGAAGGGUGGGGGGAUUUCGGACAUCAGCAUCGAUGUCAACAUUUCCAGCAGCACAGUUCCACCCAACCUGACUGUCCCACAAGAAAAGUCGCCCUUGGUGACCAGGGAAGGAGACACAGUUGAGCUGCAGUGCCAGGUGACUGGGAAGCCCAAGCCGAUCAUCCUCUGGUCCAGGGCGGACAAGGAGGUCCCCAUGCCCGAUGGAACUAUGCAGAUGGAGAGCUACGAUGGGAUCCUGAGGAUCGUCAACGUCUCGAGGGAGAUGACGGGGACUUACAGGUGUCAGACCAGCCAGUACAAUGGAUUUAACGUCAAGCCAAGGGAAGCCCUGGUGCAGCUCAUAGUGCAGUAUCCUCCCGCCGUGGAGCCGACCUUCUUGGAGAUCCGUCAGGGCCAAGGCCGAAGCGUCACCAUGACCUGCCGUGUUCUGAGGGCUUACCCUACCCGCGUCUUGACCUUCGAGUGGCGGCUGGGCAACAAACUCCUUCGGACGGGGCAGUUUGACGCCCAGGACUCCACCGAGUACACGAUCCGGAGCCUUUCCAGGGACAGCUAUGGGAUUUACAACUGCAACAUCAUCAACGAGGCGGGGGCCGGGAGGUGCACCUUUCUGGUGACAGGCAAAGCCUAUGCGCCGGAGUUCUACUACGACACCUACAACCCGCUGUGGCAGAAUCGGGCCCGCGUCUACGCCUACAGCCUUGAGUGGACUCAGAUGAACCCGGACGCUGUGGACCGCAUCCUCACGUACCACCUGGGCAUCCGGCAGGCCGGACAGCAGCGCUGGUGGGAGCAGGAAAUUGCUGUGAACCUGAAGAUCCAGAAGGGAGAAUUGAUCACCUACAACCUGACCGAGCUGAUCAAGCCUGAGGCUUACGAAGUCCGCCUGACCCCGGUCACCAUAUUCGGAGACGGAGACUCGACCAUUCGCGUGAUCAAAUACAGCGCCCCAAUGAAUCCUCACCUACGAGAAUUCCACUGCGGCUUUGAAGACGGCAACAUUUGUUUGUUCACCCAAGACGAGAAGGACAACUUUGACUGGACGAGGCAAAACAUUAUCCUCCGGGACACCAAGUACACCCCAAACACAGGGCCCAGCGCUGACCGGUCAGGAUCCAAGGAAGGGUUCUUCAUGUACAUUGAAGCCUCCAGUCCCAGGAAGGAAGGAGACCGGGCCAGACUGACCAGUCCUCUCUUUAGCAUCCCCCCAAAAAACCCCUACGGAGCCACCAACACAGCAUACUGCUUCAGCUUCUAUUACAACAUGUACGGACAACACAUAGGAACCUUGAAUGUCUACCUGCGGUUGAAGAACCAGGCUUCCAUAGAAAACCCCUUCUGGUCAUCGAGUGGCAACAAAGGGCAGCAUUGGUCUCAGGCCCGAGUGAAUAUACACCCAAACACUUCGUUCCAGGUUGUUUUUGAAGGGAUUCGUGGCAAGGGUAUCGAAGGCGACAUCGCCAUCGACGACAUCUCGAUUGUGGAAGGCGAAUGCACAAAAGAGGACUAUGUGAACAAUCAUAUACCUUCGGGCACAGUCAGGACUCUGCCACAUAUACGGAUUUUCCCCGUUUUCCUUCUCAUGUCUGUCUUAAGUCAUCAGAGGUGACCUUAUUCCGGCAGAGGCUACAGCAGACAACGUGGGCAUGAGGAAACAAGAACAUUUUUAAAAAGAAACAAAAACUACCAAAGAUUCCUCCACUGACUGACUCAAAAACGAUUUUUUAAAAAAUAAAAAAAGAAGAAGACGAUGAAGAAGAAGAAUCAAACAUUAAAAAAAUAUAAAUAUAUAUAAAAAAGGGAGCCUUGGGAGUUUAUAAAAGACAAAAGAGAUGGAGCGACAAAGGGGCUGCGGACGCCACAGUUUUCCACGUGGAAGUGAAGGAGAGAGACCUUCAGGUGCUUUUGUGGUUAAUUAGAGACGAACAAACGAAACCAGAGAGAGAAAGAGAGAGACACACACAUACACACAUAUACACAGCAUUCAUUGGAAGAACUCUGUCAAAGAGCUAUAGAAUUCCUUGUUCAAAGCACAAAGUCAUGGCUUGUUUUGUUUCAAAUGAAUAGCUCGCUUGUUGCCAUGGAGGCCCUCAUGACUUGCCAACGGAGAGAUUUCGUGAAAGAGAGAGAGCGUGAAAGAAGGGGGAACGGAGGAGAGAGCCCACUCCCUACACCUCACUGCGAAACAGGGUAGAAGAUGAGCCUGCAUUUCUGUUCUUCCCCCUUCCACACGAGGUUUUUCCCCGCAUCGAGUCCCACGCCGCCCUUUCAGGCCCCCUUUCCUCGCCUCUGCCCUCGGGAAGGAGGACCCGGCGGCACCCGAGCUCUUCUUGAAGACAUUCUCGUUUCAGUUCCCCAUGGCAAGGCUAGAUCCACGGUAUGCGGCCUCCUCGCUUUGCAUGCAUCGACGUAACUCCGGGAACGUUCGGACGUUCGGUGGUGACACGGGUCUGUCCAAAGUUGGCUUGCGGCCACUCGGACGCCAUGCCCGGACGCCAUCUUCCCCUGCCCCCAGGCCCUCGCACCCUCUGAGACCCCUUUCCUCCUGCUCCGCCCCCUCCCCUCCCAAGCCCGGCCGGAGUCAUCCGUUUGAACCAAGUGACGAAACCAAACUACCAUCUUUUUUUCUAAAACGCCAUGGAAACCAAGUGCCUUCAACAAUAACAAGCCUGAGAAGAAGAAAAACGAAAUGUGGGGUGGGUGGGGAAACGGAAUCACGGAGGGGAGAAGCUUGCAGGUUCGGGGGAUGUUUGCAAAAACAAAAAACACUUCUCUUUUUUUCCCUAAAGAGCAAAAAAAAUAAAAAAUCAAUCAAUAAAAAGUCCAUCGUAAACGCUGAAGAGGAAUGGUAAAGAGCAAAAGCAGCGAGCUGCUUCUGGAGAUGGAUUGACUUGGAAGCCCCUUGCGGGCAGAGACCUUCCCGACAGCCAUGGCCUUUCUACGUAGCGCCUGUGAGAAAUUGGUGCCCGUUUGAUCCUGGGGGAAACGGUUGCAGCCUUUGCUUUUCAGAGUACCAUGUGAGGUUGGCUGGAGGAGUUGUAAAAGAAGGUGGUUCACACACACACAAACACACACAGAGAUACACACAAACACGGAGUUUUUCUUACUCUAACCUGUGCGCAAAACCAGAUUGGUCCUUACUUUUAGCGAGCUGAGGAAGCAGGGGGAGGCCAGCGGGGCGAGGGGAAGCAAACAAGACUCUUUGCGGCAAAAUGCAAGCCAGCCGACCUGGUUUCAUGUCAAAAACACGGAGAAGAGAAGUCCUCUGCCCUUUCAUCAGACUCUUGUGCAAAAUUGUGAAAUAUUAUUUUAUUAUUUUAGCAAAAUUUUAAGAAAAAAAUACAGAAAAAAAACCAACGACAGCAAAUCACUUUUACAAAAAAAAUAAUAAAAGAAAAAAAUAAAACCUGUACAAAUUAUUUCCAGUUACCUGGCUCCAUCCCAUACCUAUAAUCAGCCAAUUUUUCCAAUACACUGUAAAUUUCCCCUUCUAUACAAGUCGGUAAUGGGAAAAAAAAUUGAAGACCUUUUUUCCUUAAAUUAUCUCAGCUUUUGACUUCAUUAAAAAGAAAAAGAGUUUUGCCUAA